AUGCAUGCUCCCGUCGCUUCUGGACGAUUGUUUGGCUCAAGUCAUCGAGUAGCACAGGUCUCCAGCCUUCCGCUCGGCUGUGCUCAAACUCUGGACCAAUCCAAGGCCAUGGUCGUGCAGAUUAGCAUCCUGGACAGCUCCGAGUUCGACGGGACAACAUGGUACAGCAUCCGGGUCAUUGAGGACUUACGAGAAUGGCUCUGCAAGAAGCGGUACAGCCAGUUCCUUGAGUUGGAUGCUUUGUUGGCCAGUGUCCCUCUGCAGCGUCUUCCGCUGCCACCUAAGGGCACCGUUGGUAUUCGCAAAAUGUUGAAUCUAGGGAAUUUCAACGAGGAAAGGCUGCGUGGACUUGCAAGCUAUCUCACUUAUCUUGCCGGCCAGAUUCAGAGCCUGGCACAGGUUCCUGCCCUAAGCGCCUUCCUGGCGGCUUCUCCCUUGGGCGCUGUCGCGGCACAGCCAGGAGUGGUGCAGCCAGUGAUGGCCCAGCCAGUCCCAGGCACGGCAGCUGUGACAGCACACGGUGCUCCUGUCACGCUGCAAGCGCAACAGGCAUUCCAGGCAUCAGCACCAGUGGCAACACCCGUGGCGACACCCGUCGCAGUGCCAGUCACACCGGUCGUGACGGGCGUGGCUGUGCCUUCGCCGUAUGCCGCACCGGCAACUGCGCAGCCAUAUCCACAGCCAGCCUAUCCGACCUAUCCUGUGCAGGCAAGUGCAGCUCCAGCGAGUGGAGGUGGAAGUGGAGGUGGAUUCGGAGCAGGGCUACUGGGGGCGGGUGCCGUUGCCGGCGUUUUGGCCGGCGUCGCGGGAGCAGCAAUGAUGCAUGGUUCCGGUCAUUCUUCACACCACGAGUACUGUUACAAGUGCGAGGGGCGCGGCUUCCGCCACAAUUCUACGAUGAACCACAAUGAGCGUCCAGACAAGCGGUGCUUCUUCUGUGAGGAUUGCGAUGCCUGCAGAGGGAGGGGAAUGGGGCGUGCCAGUCCACGUCACCACCAUGGAUCUCAUCACCAUCACCAUGGCCACGGCGGAGGCUUCAUGGAUACAUUUGGCUUUGGAGGGCGACAGGAGUGCUUCAAAUGCGAGGGGAAGGGCUUUUUCCACGACUCAAGCAUGAAUCACGAUGCCGGGCCAAACAGUCGGUGCUUCUUCUGCAAGGACUGCUCCGGCUGCAAAGGGAGGGGCCACAUCGAAGCUGCUACACCAUGGUCUAAGCACGGUCAGAUGUGCACGCAUUGCCAUGGGCAUGGCUUUGUCCACGAAUCUUCGAUGAACCAUGACAAGGCUCGCGAUGAGAAGUGCUUCUUCUGCAAAGACUGCAGGAAAUGCCACGGGAAGGGACACCUCUAG